GCCUCAUUUGUAAUAAGGCACCCUGAUUAGCUUUAUAUUUCCCUGGAAAUAUCUCAUGAGCUGAACUUACCUGCUCAUAUAAUGAUAAUCUGCUUUCUUUGAUCAAACAUCAAUAAUUCUAGCCUGAACCAGAAAUAUAUAUGUACAUCCCUUCCACUCUCUGCAGUUCUAAAAAAAAAAAGACUUUGCUUCAUUAUUAGAGAUGGGGUUUGAAGAUUGGGAGUAUCUCUCUGAUAACAAUCUCUUCGACUCUCAAGCAACUCAGGAGGAUUCAAGUCUUGUUCAUGAACACGAUCAACAUCAAGCUGCAAAUGUAGCCCAAAUAGACGAGAAUCAAAGCGACGAGCUGUUGAAAGAGAUAAGAGAGAUCACGGAAGAUGGUGAUGCAGUGCCUCAAAUUCAGUUAAAGACUAAAGAAGUCGAGCUCGAGGAAAAUAAGAUGUUUGAGGAGGAGAAAUCGGAACUCGAGUUCUCAGAAAGUACAGAGUUUCAGGGAGAAGAAAUGGAGGAAGUGGAGGGGGUUGAGGGUGUGGAGAGUAAUGGAAAUGAUUGUGUGAAGGGAUAUAAUCAAAAUGCUCUGAAGUGGCCGAGAAUUGGAGUACUGAGCUCUGUAGGAGUAGUUGCUGCCUCCUUAACUAUGCUCAUAUUGGGUGGAUGCAAGACAAAUCAGAGGAGGGAGCCUCUGGCACAAAUCCAUGAUGGUGAUAAGGGGACGAGAGGGAUUCCAGCAACAGCAGUCAAUAUAUAAUCCGGUGGUCAAUAUCAAGGGUCGUACAAUUGUGAAGCUUCAAGGGACUGGGGAAGCUCAAUUAGCUGCAGAUGAGAAUUCUAUGUUGUGAUGG